AUGUCCGCCGCCCAGCAGAUCCUCGGUUCUGCCAACAUGUCAGAAUCUCCGGCCCAAUCACCUACAUCCGGUGAACGAAACGACCGAUUAUGGGACAUGUCGUCCUUUCGUCACGGCCUUCCCGAUGAAGGUGGUAAUAGUAGCACUGCUGGUGCUCCUGUUGCUGGAGCCAACUCCGAACCAGAGAAGAACGACGACGGAACUCCGAAGCCAAUGCGUGGAGGAGUUUCUUUGGAUACAAUGCGUAGCCUGUAUGGACCUGGUACCGGUUUUGGAGGCUUGCGAAGAAGCAAUUCAUCCGUUGUAUACCCUGGCGGACCACCAGAGUUCCCUCCUGUCAAGAAGCUUAAUCCGCUUCAGAAGAAGAGGAUAUUGGUAUCCGGGGGUGCAGGAUUCGUCGGAUCGCAUCUUGUAGACCGCUUGAUGCUAAUGGGUCACGAUGUCAUCGCUAUCGAUAACUACUUUACCGGUAGCAAAAUGAAUUUGGCACAUUGGUUUGGCCAUCCAAAUUUCGAGAUGAUCAGACACGAUGUCGUCGACCCAAUUAUGCUCGAAGUAGACCAGAUAUACCACCUUGCUUGUCCUGCCAGUCCCGUCCAUUACCAAGCCAACCCUGUCAAGACUCUCAAGACCGGAUUCUUCGGCACCUAUAAUAUGCUAGGGCUAGCCAAGAGGGUCAAAGCCAGGUUCCUUCUCACUAGUACAUCUGAGGUCUACGGUGAUCCGGAAGAACACCCACAAAAAGAAACAUAUUGGGGUCACGUCAAUUGUAUCGGCCCCCGUGCAUGCUACGACGAAGGCAAAAGAGUUGCAGAAGCUCUGACAUACAGCUAUGCCCGACAGGACGGGGUAGAUGUUCGUGUCGCCCGUAUUUUCAACACCUUUGGCCCUCGAAUGAACUGGCAUGACGGCCGCGUCGUCUCCAAUUUCAUCGUCCAAGCCCUCAAAGGCGACGACAUAACAAUCUACGGUGACGGCUCAGCCACCCGUUCUUUCCAAUAUGUUCACGACCUGGUCGACGGCCUCAUCGCCCUAAUGGAAUCCGAUUACACCGACCCUGUCAACCUCGGUAACCCAGAAGAGUACACCAUCAAAGAGUUCGCAGAUAUGAUUGUAGAACUCGUCAAUGAGCACCGCGCACGAUACGGUGACGCAGGGAAAACUUCAACGGUUACCUAUCUCCCUGCCGUUGCCGACGACCCCCAGAGGAGGAAGCCGGAUACUACAAGGGCUAAGGAGGUACUCGGGUGGGCCCCACAGUGGGCUGCCGUUGAUGGUCUGAAGGAAACAGUUGCUUAUUUCUACCAGAUGAUGCAUCAACAUUAA